GCAAGUUCAAGGCAUUCCGCAUCCAACAGGUUGAGAGGCGACACGUCACCUUGCUGACGUCAGCAGCCGUACGGCUGACGUCAGCGUUGUACGGACGCAUGGGCUCUGUUUGAGCUAAAAGUUUAGGGGUUUGAUAGAUCUUGAUUUUAGAAGAUUUGUCAUGAUUUUUUCAGAAUUUAUUGGACCUCAUUUCAUGGUAUUUUGGGCGAAAUAGAGAAAUUCGAAAAUCGGUUCCAGAUUCCAUUUUUCUUCGAUCUACCUCAAAUCGGUAAGCUUUUCUUCGGUUUCUUUACUCAAGAUGGACCGAAAUCUUCCUCCCAAGCUAUCCAUGGUGGAUUUUUUUACUUAAGAUCAAUGUUUGAGAGGUUUUUAACCUCAAAUGGGCGUGCGGCUGGGCCGUUUUUCACUCGGUCAGGCCCUAUUUGACUGCGUUUCAUGGUAUUUUGGAUGAUUGAUAUUUGUUUGAGGUUUAUCUCUUGUUAUGUUGAAGGAUUGAGUGAGAUAGAGUUGUUUGAAUCAAUCUUUCUUGGCAUAGGGGGUCUCUUGGCAUAGGUUUAUUUCUCUUGGACUCUAUUAUGGCUGACAAAGGGCCCUCAUCUCUUGGCAUAGGGUCUCUUGAAUCUAACCCCUUGCAGAUUACCUCCAUUAAGUUGAAUGGUGACAACUAUCUUCAAUGGGCACAAUCUGUAAAAGUAUUUUUAGGAGCCCGUGACAAGUUGUCGUAUAUUUUGGAUGAUCCCCCAAGCUCUACAGAUGUUACCUACAAGUCUUGGACAAAGGAGAAUUAUCAAGUUAUUGCAUGGUUGUUGAAUAGCAUGGAUUCCUCGAUUAGCCACUCAGUGAUGUUUUUAUCCUCGGCUAAAGGCAUUUGGGAUACGCUUCAUGAUAUGUUCUCGGAAUCUCAGAAUUUUUCACGGGUAUUCCAGCUUAUUCAAGAAAUUGGUUGAUUUCAACAAAACUCCAGAUCCUUAAAAGACUACUAUUCGAUGCUUCGGGGUAUGUGGGAUGAGUUGGAUAUGUAUCAGCCUCUUCCUUCCAAAUGUAAAGAGGAUCAUGAACAUGCUCAUAAGCAACGGGAUGAUACUCGUAUCAUGCAGUUCCUCGCUGGGUUGAGUUCUGAUUAUCUUCACGUUCGCGAUCAGGUUGUUAUGCAGGAUCCUCUUCCCCCAUUGACGACAGUCUAUGCCAUGUGUCAGCGUGCUAUGGUCUCUACUCUUCCUUCUCAUUCAUUUGUGUCACCCGAGCGUUCGGCACAUCUUGUUGGCGAUCAGUCCUCGGUCUUCGGGUACCAUCCUUGAGCUCAGGGCGCAUUUCUGAUUUUGGUGGUCGUGGUAGAGGCCACGAGGGAGAUCGCAGUCGCGGCGGCAGUAGUCUUCGUGGUCGUGGUGGACAUGGACGAGGACGUGAUGGUUCCCGCAUUUGUUCACAUUGCGGUGGAACUAAUCACACUAUUGAUUAUUGCUGGCAGCUACAUGGUCGUCCUACGUAUGCCGCUGCUUCUGUUGCUUCCACUGUUGCUUCUGAGACACAGUCUUCCACCCCGACAGCUGAGCAGUCUACUUCAGGGGAGUCUCUUAUUAUUUCUCGGGCGGCAUAUGAUGCCCUUAUGCGGCUUCACAUUCGGGAUAUUCCUGAGCCUUCUCACGCAGCUUCGGCCCAGUCAGGACCUACAGACGAAGAGAGUGAUUGGUGGGGGCAUGAGCGAGGAGGCGUUUAUCUUCUCGAUGAUACACCUGUUGCCGCUUCUAGUACCCUUUCUCUAGAUCGAGAGUCCAUGACUCGGUGGCAUUGCCGCUUAGGCCACCCAUCCAUAGCUAGAUUGAGACUUUUAUUUCCCUCCUUAUCUAUCACUAAACCAUUAUGUUGUGAUAUUUGUGAAUUGUCUAAACAUCAUCGUGCUACGUUUCCUCCUAGCUCUUCUGGGAGGAAAUCUCAACCUUUUCUUUUAGUUCACUCGGAUGUCUGGGGACCAGCUCUGGUUACCUCGACUUUUAGAUUUAGAUAUUUUAUUACCUUUAUUGAUGAUUAUUCAUGCA